AUCCGGUUGAAAAAUACGGGAACCGCUUUCAACAAAACUUAGUGUUUUUGGUGUUGUAUAAUGUUAUGUAAAAACCUGCUGUAUUUCGGGACAGAUUGGAGUGUCUCGUUUAUCUACAUGAAGCAUACAUUAAUAUGGUGUUUUCAGAUGAACUUGGCUGGCACUAUGGACAACAUUUUUGAAAGUGUUUGAAAGAGGUCCGGUGAAAACAAGAAGAUAUUAUAACUAUUCAAUUAAAAAAUUAAUAUUACAUUUGAGUAUUAAUUCCUGUAAUCAAGCUCAUCAUACCUUGAUGAAAAGUCAUGGAUUCAUAUGAUCCUAACUGUGGCUUAGAGAUGGACUGUGAAGAGAAGAAUGAUGAGGUAUUUCAAACUUUCCUGUGUAGAGGCAAUAAAGGGGUAGAGGUAACAGACCAAGGAGACAUGUACAUCGUUAAAAGUACCACAGACCUUUCAGAUUUUGAAGACAUAGCUGAAGGAGAUGCAGAGUUAAAGAAUACCUUUGAGUGUCCUGAGGAAGACAUCAGUGAGGAAGAUGCAAAAAGUUCAGAUGAGGAAGAUGAUCGUAACGAUAAGGACUGGACAGGAAGUGAUGCUGCAUCCUCAUCCGAUGGUAGUUCUAGUAGUAGUAGUGAAGACUACACUGAUGAGGAAAUGGGAAGUGAAUUCAAAGAUUUAACAGAGAAAGUGAAAGUCAAUAGAAAGAAGAAAGUGGGCGGUGAAACUAACUUUUCUGUCUUUAGUAAGAAGAAAAAAGGAAGGAGAAAGACUGAUGUUCCAGUAAGUGGUAGAAAAGGCAAUGACAGCAGUAAAAUUACUGUACUGAGGAUUGGACUUGAUAAUCAGGUUCUGUCCCAAACCAUCAUCACUGAUGAAAAAAGUGUUCAAAUGGCAUUGAAAAGUCUCAAGGAUUGCAACAAAAAAGUAAAAGCACCAGUUAUGGCUUUGAAGAAAACCAAAUUGAAUGUACAACAUGGUAAACAAGAGAGUACCCUCAAAACAAUUCCAGGAAGGAUCAUUAAGGUGAUCAAAGUUGUGGGACCAAAAGGUGCAACAAUCAUAGGCCAAGCACUGAAUGCCAGGGGAGAUUGUUCACUGAAAAAGUCUAACAACACAGCACUGAAUGCCAGGGGAGAUUGUUCACUGAAAAAGUCUAACAACACAGAUUCAGUUCUUUGGAAGGAAAAAGCAAACCAAAUGUCAGCUGAUUUAAUUCAUGUGAGGAAGGAAGAGGUGACCGAAAUGUUAGUAGAUUCAGCAGAAUCCAGGAAAGAUUGGAUCAAUUCUACAGAAGUAACACAGACAGUCAGUACAUUAAAUAACUCCUCAAGUAUAUCCAAGGCAGUUGAAAAGGGAGACAUAUCAUCAAAUAUAACAGUUUUUCCUGGCACAAUUUGGAAAGGAGAUUUCACUUCAUCAUUAGGAGCCUUAAGUGUUGGACAGGAAAACAUUAGUAAUGUGACUAUCAAGCAGGAACCCAACAAUGACUUUGAGCCUUGUAAUUACACACCCAUUCUAAAGGAUUCAAAGGAUGAACUUAAACCACGUUAUAGUCAUGUGACCUUCACACAGGAACCAAAGGACGACCUUGAACUUGAUAGUAAUAUGGCAGUUCUACAGGAACCAGAAUAUAACAAUGAACCUUGUAGUUACCUAGCUAUCAUGAACGACCAUAACUAUACUUGUAAGUCUGAUGUUGAUGUACCCUGUAUCAAACAGGAACCUCAUGAUGACGUGCAUGAGUUGAUGAGGACAAGCACUGCAGUGACACAGACAAUCCUGGAGGGUGACUCGUCAUGUGGUAGAUUUGUGGGGUCAAGUAGUGAAACAGAAUAUAUUAGUUCCUUAUCAGUUCCUUCUCAACCCACUCAUCUUCAUUUAAAAAGGAAACAAUCUGCAGAGACAAAUAAAUGUCUAGAAAAGAAAGUGUCAAAGAGCAUGAAAUUGGAUCAAUCGGCAUCAUCACAGUCCACAGUGAAACCCCUAUCAUUUCAGCCGUUAUCAUCACAGUUGAUAAUAAAACUCCCAUCAUUAAAGUCUGCACUAAAAUUCACACCAUCUCAUUCUGUAAAACAAUCCACAUCAUCACAGUCCACAGCAAAAUCCACAUCCUCACAGUCCACAGUAAAAUCCACAUCAUCACAGUCCACAGUGAAACCCCUAUCAUCUCAGCCGUUAUCUUCACAGUUGAUAAUAAAACUCCCAUCAUUAAAGUCUGCACUAAAAUUCACACCAUCUCAUUCUGUAAAACAAUCCACAUCAUCACAGUCCGCAGCAAAAUCCACAUCCUCACAGUCCACAGUAAAAUCCACAUUAUCACAGUCCACAGUGAAACCCCUAUCAUCUCAGCCGUUAUCAUCACAUUUGAUAAUAAAACUCCCAUCAUCACAGUCUAAACUAAAAUUCACACCAUCCCAUUCUGUAAAACAAUCCACAUCAUCACAGUCCACAGUGAAAUCCACAUCCUCACAGUUCACAGUAAAAUCCACAUCAUCACAGUCCACAGUGAAACCCCUAUCAUCUCAGCCGUUAUCAUCACAGUUGAUAAUAAAACUCCCAUCAUCACAGUCUAAACUAAAAUUCACACCAUCACAUUCUGUAAAACAAUCCACAUCAUCACAGUCCACAGUGAAAUCCACAUCCUCACAGUCCACAGUAAAAUCCACAUCCUCACAGUCCACAGUGAAAUCCACAUCCUCACAGUCCACAGUGAAAUCCACAUCCUCACAGUCCACAGUAAAAUCCACAUCCUCACAGUCCACAGUGAAAUCCACAUCCUCACAAUCUACUGUACAAUUCACAUCCUCACAGUGUACAUUACAAUCCACACGACCACAGUCUACGGUAAAAUCUACACCAUCUCUGUUCAAAGUGAAACUCAUUUCAUCAAAGUCUGGAAAAAUAAUUGGUGACAAUGUUGACAAUAAAAAAACAAACAAAAAUAUAUUACACCAGAACAAUUUCCAUAAAGAUGAGGACACCAUUCCUUGUCCAUUGUGCAAGCUAUGUUUUCCAUCUAUGGUGGAAAUGGCAAACCAUGCCGCUGUGCAUUAUGUCUACAAAUCUAUGAAGGAUAAAUACAAGUGUGAUAUUUGUAAGAAAAUGUUCUCGUGGGAUUAUCAAUUAACAAUGCAUCAAUCAACAGUGCAUGCAUCUGAAAAACAUAGAAAGAUUAAAUCCACAUGCUCACAGUGUACAUUACAAUCCACACGAUCCACACGAUCAAAUUCUACGGUAAAAUCUACACCAUCUCUGUCCAAAGUGAAACUCAUUUCAGCAAAUUCCAUAGCAAAACUUACACCAUUACAUCCCAUAGCGAAAACAAUUGUACCAUCACAGUCCACAGUAAAACUAACAUCAUCAAAGUCCUGA